AUGUCGCUAGCCCAAGCUUCGACCUCAAGCUCCGCCUCGACCCCUAUCCCGGACCUGGUCCUUCCGCUCUUCGCUCGAUCGAUCCUGGACCUCCUGCACGUCUGGCCCGCGGUGCGCAUCGCCAUCACCCAAGGCUGGGCCCCAUCGACAGCGAUCACCGUCCUAGCCGAGGACGUCGUCGACCUCUUUUACACCACCGCUUCGACGGACGAUAAUCCGAAUGGAGAAGCCCUUCCCGACCCCACCGACGUCGAGGAUGUCCUGUUGCAUAUCCUCGCCAACGCUUUCAACUUGACCUUGGAGGAUGACUCCGAAACUCAAGUUGCCAAGGACGCGAUCAAGAUUUGGCAAGAGUGUCUGAGGAGGGUCGUGGGUGAGCUUUCGGGGAAGGUGAUCCCGCCACCGAGUGGGGAGGAAGGCAUCUUGGAAGCGUUCGAAAAGGCCGCGGUCAAGGCUAAAGCGGAGGAUGGGACGGGGGUAUAUCGUGGUGCGAUGCGGCAGGGGGACGAGAGUAGUGAUGAGGAGGAUGGGGAGGGGAGUGGGGACGAUGACGACGAGGAUGGAAUGCAGGUCGAUGGGGAUACAGAGACGGGCGAAUUGAUCGAUACGACACCAGCAGCAGCUCCGAGGAGGCAGGAGCCGGAGAUCGAUGAGGAUGGGUUCCAGAAGGUCACGGGGAAACGGGGAGGGAGGAGGUGA